AGUUUCCCACUUUUAGAGUUUUUCAGAAACCAAACGCGAAGGCGAAGUGCGUUGGCUGCUCUCAGGUGCUUCUGCAAGAUGAGCUUGCUCAUAAACCAAUGUGUGAGUCGGUGGAUUGCCGUCGACGAGAAACUCAAUCGAGGGAAGCGAAAGGUCGACCUCAAAUUGAGUGGAGGUUCAUCUGGAGAUGAGCGUGCUCGCUGUCGCGUCGUUGUGUCGAUGUUGAAGAAUGACGGUAAUAUAAGUAGCUUUCGGGAGAAAUCGAUUGCGAGCUCCACUGCAGUUGCAAAUUUGGUUGCAAUGGGAAAUGCCAAGGCUGUGUCCUCAGACAAAUUACUGGAAGAUGCUGCGUUCCUUUACACUCUAGCUGAUGGAAGCGUCAGGGACUGGUUUGGAGGAUUCCUAUAUUCUGCUAAUCAACAGGCUAACGAGGCUGUUCAGAACCAGUUUAUCAGCACUUAGCUUCACUAGGACUUGUAACUAGCUUUUCACCUUGUACACUUAGUGUUCUUCCAUUGACGCUUGGUUACAUUGGUGCAUUUGGCUCUGGGAAAAGCAGAGCAGAGGAUCCAGUAGUUGGGGGCAACCUGCUUUUGACAUAUACAAUUCUUGCUGCUUCUUUUGCUGGAGCGUUGCAGAGUCUGCUGUCAUUCCGGAAGUUCUCAGCUUGGAUCAACCCCACCAGCGGAGCGCUGCUGUUAGGAGGGGGAGUAUACACUUUCUUGGACAGGCUCUUCCCAGUUUCAAUGUAAAUGUAGGAGUACAGAAUACCCCACGACAGGAGCUUUAAGGGUAUAAAAUAGCACGGUUUUGGAUGGAGUAUCAAAAUAACCAGUAAUUUUGGUCACAGAAUUAAGGGGCCGCUGGUUGGGGAGGGAGAAGGAUCUACGUGGACUGUCACGGUGCCACCCAUAAUGCUGUUGGGAUGCGUAGAGGAGGCAACUCCUAACCAGAUAAGAUAAGGUCAUCGGCAAACGUAAGAGAUGAGUCCAUGACAUAAGGGGGAAAAAGUGGCGGUUUGCAGGCUGCAGCACAAGAAUCAAUUCCAUCUUUGCCAGGUUUGCUUUCUGCCUGGAAGACAGAUGGUAACAUUUUCCGGUUACAGGCAGAAACCCAACUGAUCAGAGAAUUAAGAGGUAUGACUUCCUGUUCUGGUUCGGUCACAUCCAUUUCAUUUAUUGCCCAUGUGGGAAGUAGUAAGUGCGAUUAUCCAGCAAUGGUUUAGGAGUUGGUAUAAGCAUUACAAUCUUUAUUUUUUAUCGGGUAAUUUAAGCAGGGAGGGGUAAUCUCAAUUCCGUUUGGUUUGAGAAAGACUACACGUCUACUAACUAUAACUAGUCUAUAACCAUAAUUCAGAAUCCUCCUCCGGUGAACUCAAAACGAAACGACUCCGCCGGCCCGGAGCAACUCUCUGUAGCGAUUGAGGGACUCCUGCCGCUGCAGCCGCAUCUCCUCGUUGAAGUUUUUGAUGAACGCCUCCACCCGCCGGUUCAGCUCCUCCUGGCCCAGCGACGGCUCCCUCUUCUUCGCUGCUCUUCUCCCAACCGUAUCCGACGUCGUUGCACCCAUCUCAUUCUUCCUCCCACCACUUUUCCCGGCAUCUCUAAACGUCUCGGAUUUCUUCAUCACCUUCCCCGCCGCCGCCGACGGGACCGCCACGUGUCCCGUGUUCCACGUGUCCGAUUUCUUGAGGUGUCGAGUUAACGGCACGCGGCGCCCUUCCGUUAUCAUCUUCCACGUGCUCUCCAGCGUCUCGUCCCGCCUCCCCGACUUCGAUAUCCCCAAUCCCGCCGCCGCCGCCUUACUGCCGCCACCGCCUUUGGACCGAUGAGUGAAGUUGGUAGCUGAUCCGUUGGGUGGUGGUGGUGGUAGUGCAGAUUUCCGGGGUACAAACCUGGAGGAAACCGGAGGCUUGGCUUCUCUAUCCUCUUCUCUCGUAAGACCGCCGCCACCGGAGUACUCAUCAUCCGCGGCGGUGGCGGCCAUAUCACGACGGUGGCGGUCAUCCCAACCGAUAUGCGGCACGACCGACGACGCCGGUGCAUGAUCCUCGUCUCUCUCCGUGGCCUUCUGACCGUCCACCGGCGGCUCUUCUAGCUGACCCCCUUCCGCGAGACCACUACUCCUACUCACCUCGGUCUCCGAGAAGCCACCGUACCCUGAUAAUGACACGUCAUCAGCAGCAGGGCUAGAAGAAGCGGCGGUCUUGGAGUACUGGAGCUUGGAGGAAGCGAGGAUGGAGAUGAUGAUGGCGUUGACCAGGAGGUAGAGAAAAGGGGGCGUGAGCCACGAGGACAGGGCGUCGGAGCUGCUGUGGAGGAGGAAGGUGAGCAGCAGCGGUGGCGGAGAAGAAGAGAGAUGGAGGUUGUGGUCAUGGUGAGUUUUUAGUAACAUGGUUCCCAUCACGGCCACCGCGGCGGCGACGGAAGUGCAUAUGAUUACGGCUGCCUUCGGUGGGAGAAAGAACAUGGUUUGUUAUCAGCCUCUCUGGCCCUUUGGCACAGUGUUUCUGGUGUAUGGGCUAUAUGUGAAGUUGGAGGGGACAUAUGGGAUGUGGCUUUGCACGCAAGCAAACGGAGAGAAGAGUGAUUAAUCAUGGAGAGGGCUGCAUGGUUGCUUGUUUAUAUAGGUGGGAAGUUGAAGGCCAUUACUUCUUUGAGGGAAAGAUAUUGAAAAACCGUACUGAUGGUUCGAAAAAGAAAAAAAAAUUCAUAUUAGAAGCUAAAUCGGUAGAGGAGAGAUUUAGGAAAUACAAAGGGUUGAAUCAAUGAUUAAAAUGAUGGCUGGUAUAAAUUGUUCUGUUAUUGACUUUUUUGAUACAACAUUCGAUACGGUUUUACAAUCAUUG